GGGAAGGAAGGAGGCGGAAGGGGUGCGGGUGCCUCAGCAAGAUGGCGGCGACGCUGCGGAUCCAGAGCGACUGGAACCAGGCGCUGAGGAGGGACGAGGGUGAGGCCUGGCUGAGCUGCCGGAGCCCCGGGAAGCCGACCCUGUACGGCAGCCUGACUCGCCGUGGGCUCAGCACUGGGGGCAUCCCUGACAUCGUGGCCUCCGAAGGCUUCGUGGUUGGGAAAAUCACCAAGGUACCAGGGCUGAGGUGGAGUGGGGAGAAGUAUUCUUAUUUCUUGUCCUCACGAGAAUGUGUCCACAAAGUUCCUGGCUCCGUACACAACCUUUUGUAGAAUUCAUCAGAAAAGUAUUACCUGUCUUGAUAUUUCCAAUGGUGGAGGGCUUGGCGUGUCGACCAGCACAGAUGGGACCAUGAAAAUCUGGCAGGCUGCGAAUGGAGAAAUAAGAAGACUAUUGGAAGGCCAUGUGUAUGAUGUGAAUUGUUGCAGGUUUUUCCCAUCGGGCCUCGUGGUUCUGAGUGGGGGAAUGGAUGCCCAGCUAAAGAUCUGGUCAGCAGAAGAUGCCAGCUGUGUAGUAACAUUUAAAGGUCACAAAGGAGGUAUUUUGGACACUGCCAUUGUGGAUCGGGGAAGAAAUGUCCUUUCCUGCUCCAGAGAUGGCACCGCCCGUCUCUGGGACUGUGGAAAAUCUGCCUGUCUGGGUGUCGUCGCUGACUGUGGCUCUCCUGUCAACGGCAUCGCCGUGGGCACUGCUGACAACUCACUGAACCUGGGCAUUCCUGAAAAAGCUCCUAGUGAACGUGAGAUUGGGACAGAAGGGAAAAUCCUGCUGCUGGCUCGAGAAGACAAGAAACUUCAAGGAGUGGGACUGCAGAGCAGGCAGCCGGUAUUCCUCUUCGCUGGCUCUGACGCAUUCAACUGCUGCACAUUCCUCUCGAGUGCCUAUAUCCUAGCAGGAACUCAGGAUGGGAACAUCUAUCAGCUGGAUGUGAGAAACACAAAUGCUCCAAUCCAGGUCAUCCAUAGAUCAGGAGCACCAGUGCUUUCACUGCUCCCGUACCGAGAUGGAUUUAUUGCCAGCCAAGGUGAUGGGACCUGUUUUGUCGUUCAGCAAGACCUUGAUUAUGUCCUGGAUCUCACAGAAGCAGACUGUGACCCUGUGUACAAGGUAGCUUCUUGGGAGAAGCAAAUUUACACAUGCUGCAGAGACGGGAUAGUGAGGAAAUACCAACUUUUUGACCUUUAAGUGUUUGGAUUGGCGAAAUAGUGGAGAGAUGUGUCAAAAGAGCUCUUAAAAGCUUAUUUUCCUGUACAGCGUGUUUGAGAUGUGUAUAUAGACGUUUCUGAGGUAGAAGUUUCUGAGGCUGUUGUGAUGACCAGGCACUGUACAGAGGUUUUUUGGUGACAGGUAAUAUUUCUUUCUACAACACAACUUUGAUAAUUUUUAAUUUGGAGAGAGAAUCUUGUGUUGCAACCAUUU